GGCGGACGAGUUGAACAUUUUGCAUGCAGGAAGCUAAAAUGGCACCUCCUCCAGAUAGAGCGUUUGGUGGUUAUCGACUUUUUGUGGGAGAUAUUGGAACAAGAGUUGGAAAGAACGAUUUGGAGAGAGAAUUCGAUCGUUAUGGCCCUAUUACAGAUGUAUGGGUAGCAAGGAAUCCUCCUGGUUUUGCCUUUGUGGUUUACAUGUACCGUGAAGAUGCUGAUCGAGCUGUCAGAUCACUGGAUGGAAGAUUGAUGUGUGGCAGGAGGGUCCGUGUUGAGCACGCUCGCCCCUACCCUGGACCUCCACCACCCCGUAAAAGCAACGAUUAUGGUUCCAACAGAAGUUUUGGUCGCAGAAGAAGCAGAUCUAGGGACAGGAGAAGGUCACGUUCAAGGUCACCUUACCGGAGGAGAUCCCGAUCAAGGUCACGCUCGUACUCGCAUUCCCGUGAUCGAUACUCCAGUCGCAGAAGAAGCCAUAGGUCUCGAACCAGGUCACGCUCCCCACACAGGUCUAGAGACAAGUCCAGGUCCCCAAGGAGGUCCAGAACCCCAAGAAGGUCCAGGUCCCCUAGGAGGUCCAGAACACCAAGAAGGUCUAGAUCCCCAAGGAGGUCCAGGACAAGAUCCCCCAGGAAGUCGAGGUCUAGGUCCAAGACACCAAGGAGGUCUAGGUCGAGGUCUAGGUCUCAAACUCCAAGGAAAUCAAGGUCCCGGUCCAAGUCUCGUAGAUCAAGAACACCCGAGAAAAGAUAUUCAAAGUCUACUUCGAAGUCUCCAGCUCGGUCCAGAGCAAGGUCCAGGUCUCGGUCACCUUCAGAAGGAAGGAAGAGCCUUUCGCAGGAGCUCUCCAGUUCUCGGAAGCGUCGAGGUAGCGAGAGGAGUACCGGGAGUCAUCGUAGCGGAGGGGACCGAGAAACGAUGGGACAGGACGAGGAGAACAACGGGCGUAUGGACAUAACUGAAGUAGCCCUUGCCAAACCACAAGAUGAAGAUCUGAUAGAAUGGAAUCCAUUGGACCAAAAUGCUGAAUAUAAAUCAGAAGACCGGGCAGAGAAAUACGAUAGAGAGAAAGAACAACUUGGCCAACAACUUGAAGAAAACUAAACUACUUAUAUCUAUAUAUAAUUUACAUGUCCCUUAUCUUUUGCAUGCUCCUAUGUCUGUAUAUGUUGCUGUAUAUGUGUGUGUAUGCUUUCAAUCUAUGAUGUUGCAAACUUUUGAUUGAACAUUUGAUUCUCUCAUUUGCAUAGAUUAAGGUGUUGGGUUUUCCUUGUGUCAAAAAUCAAUGGCCGGAAUUAACAUAGGGAUCAUGAGUUGUAACUUUGUGUUAAACCUCAGAGGUGUG